AUGACAAGGAGCAGUAUGAAAGGCAGUACGAAUUCAGAAACUACAACAGUGGCAGAACAAUUCAGGAAUGAUCCUGUUGAAGAACCAACAGAAGCAAACUUAUCUUGGCUUGAAGAAACUAUAGUCAAAACAGAGAUCAUCAUUUUGCCGGAUGACUUGUUACCAACCAUUAGAUGUCGUUUAUGUGAUAGUCCCGACCAUGUAUGUUCGCCUAUAUACAAUCUACGUGGUGGAAUCGAAUUAACGGAAAAGCAUCUGGAAAUUAUAUACAGACUGUCCGGUAUCACCAUUACAUAUGAACAGGAUCACGCAUCCGUCGUAUGUUCAUAUUGCUUGUUAAAAAUAGAAGAAUAUAAAGUUAUUCGUGAAGUAUGGCAAAUGAAAAACAAAACUGAUCACGAAAGCAACGUUCCUGCGCUUCAGCCAGCUGCAACACUCAUAUCAUAUGUGGAAAAAACUGGCAUGAAGGAUGCUACCACUCAAACCACGGAACAUCACACUUUCGGGAGCGCUCUGGAUGUACGAGAUGCAUCCACUUGGACAGAUAAUUGUGAGCCAGCUCAAGCACCAGUUUCAGCUCCGGAGCACAUUAUUAGCGUUACAGAAAAUGGAGACAAGGAUUGUGAUACGCAGUGCGAAACGAUCGAUGUAGAGCAGUAUUGUUCAAGAAGAAAACGUAAAAGACGUCGAAGUAAAUGCGAACUUAUAGAAGAGGUGAUGCAAUUAGUUAAAAGACGCUAUCGAUUGGAGUCCGGUGCAACGAAUCGCUAA